AGUUCACUCAGCUGCUCCCUGCGUGAACUUGCGCGCCUCUCUCUCAAGGUGGGGGCCGGCCGCCGCAGACACUCGCAGGCGGGGAGGGAGCGACGCUUUCCGCCGCCAGCCCCGGAGCAGAGCUAGGGGGACGCCGAGCAGAGCCGAGCCGAGGCGAGGAGAAGCAGGAGAGGAGGCACACGGAGCCCACGCACAGACUGUGGUUUGAAAGUCGCUGGACUGUUUUGGUCUGCCUGGCUGGUUGGCCAGGUGAUGGCGGCUUGGACUGUCGCUCGUCUUCACUGCAAAGCCUCAUCUGGUGAGACACAUUUGGCUGAAGGCGAGCUCGCUACAAGACCGGCUGACUGACUUCCCCUUUUUGACACAGGAUAUUUUGGCUUCUAUCACAACCAGGGAAUGUUGAGAGCUCCUGUAGGUGGACAGACGUGGACACGCGGCGCACGACCUCAGGAAAUUCCCCUCUGUCGGUGACACCAUCAACAUCUGGCGGCGAGGACCGCGGCGCCGUUCGAGUGUCAUCUCUGGACCGAAUAACAACAGGCUCUGCCGCAUCUGCCCCUAUCUUUCUACCUCCUCUGCUCAGGGAGUGCCGAGUGCCUGAGUCAAUACACUGCAUUCUGGGAUCGCCUGGAACCCUCUCGAUGGGCCGCACCAACUGCUGACCAAACAGGAGGGUAUUGAAGGAGCUUUGUAUUGAAUGAGGAUUGUGCAGCGUGAGGGAACGCUCGCAGGGCGAUGAUUCCGCAUGAAGCGCGGCGCGCUCGGCCCCCCGUCGUCCUCGGCGGAUGCAGCAGGUGUGACGUCGUGACGUUCUCGCCUAGCGCCCUCAGCUCGCCCUCCUCCGGUCGUUAGAAUCACCCGGACCGAACAGGCCGUCCCGCUUCCCCCCCAGGCCCCUUCUCCUUACCUUUUCCAUCUUGAAUCCCGACUCACUUCCUCACCGGGACUCAGAUGUUUCCGUAGGGCGACGCCAAGUACGAGGAAACGAGCACAUGUAGAAGGAGAGAGGAAAGUGUGAAGAAGGCAGCAAAAAAGAUCAAGUAAGUACACAAGAGAGGUCAAGAUGAAGUCCAACCAUGAACGCAGUAAUGAAUGUCUGCCCCCGAAGAAGAGGGAGCUCCCGUCUGAAAACCGCUCCCCGACUAUACCCUCUGCUCCAGACCCCCAGCGCCAUGACAACGUGGCCUGGCUUGUGGGCGGCGGCGGUGGCAAUGGAAGCACCAUGAUGAGCGCUCCUCGCAGCUCUGCACAAUCAGGUGCCCUCCAGUAUAAAUCCCUCUUCUCCACGUCGGACUCUUCCUCCAUGACGCUGGUGUCCUCCCUCCCUGCGGUCUACACGUCCCCACACGUCGGAGGGACGGUCCACUACGCUCAACUGCCUCCCAACCUUCAGUUUAUCACCUCGCCUUACACUGCGCCCUACGCCAGCUACAUCGCUCCCCAGCUGCUUCCACCUCCGCCGCCGCCUCCUCCCUUCUCCUCCAGAACCUCAUCGCACGCAGAGACCGUCUGCGCUCCCUCCCACGCCUCCAAAUUCGAGCAACAGCGGGCAUCCAUCCGGCACACCUCCUCCAUGCCUCCGCCGCCCACAGACGCCACCCCGCUCCGCGCCUCUCCUCGGACCCUGCGCUCGCCUCACUCCCUGCACGGCCAUCACACGCCAGCAUCACAGUACACGGACGGAGGAACCCCCAGGAAAGAGGAAGGGGGGUCCAGAGAGCUUCACAACGGAGGGUUGGAGCGGACCCGGAGGUUUGAGUCUGGACACUCAAAGCCAAUCAAAUCGCGCGACGCCUACGAGUCCUGCCAGCUGGUUCUCCCGUCAGACUAUGCUCACGACCAAAUGGCGCUGAGAACCUCCAUCAUGCUCAUGCCCAACAGCCAUGGGGACCACCAGCUGGUACAAGUCAAGAAUAGUCCUGAGAAGACCUCCACUAACAUGGAGAAAGGCAACAUUUUCUUGAGGAAGCCAAACAAUCGCACCCCUUCUUUCACCUUUCCACCCCCCUUAAGUGUUGACAAUCUAAAAGCUGCAGUUGGUCCACUAUCGCCACAGACUGUUAUACAGACAACCCACAGCUCCACAUUGGAGUCCGUGGGGCUGCCUUCCCCCGGCGUCUACCCCCAGUCCCCAGUGAUUGGUUACAUAGCGGGGGCCAGGGGCAGCCAGCACACGCCAAUGAGCUACCACACCAGCCUACAACAGCACGUUCUCAUCACUGGCACCCAGCCAGUCAUCAUCCCAGUCAAUGAAAGCAGGGCUCCCACGCUAGAGCCCACUGUGUCCCAGGAUGUGACGUCGUCCACCCAGGCCCCCUUUCCUGCAGCGCUCCCCCACACCUACAUCGCCGCCCAGAGAGGAGAAACCCAGGAUAAUCCCGGCGUCUUGUAUCACCAGGUCGCCUCGGGCGGUGUGGUCCAAGCACAGCUCCACCUCCCCGUCGUCCCAUCAACAAUGGCGCCUCCGCCGCAGUCCAGCGCGGCAGCUCCCCCGUCGCUGCCGCCGUACUUCGUCAAGGGCUCCAUCAUCCAGCUGGCGGACGGCGAGCUCAAGCGCGUGGAGGAGCUGAAGACGGAAGACUUCAUCCAGAGCGCGGAGAUCAGCAGAGAGCUGAAGAUCGACUCGUCUACGGUGGAGCGCAUUGAAGGGAGCCACGUCUCGCCGAACAUUGCGGUGGUUCAGUUCUCUGUGGGCGAGCACCGUGCACAGGUGAGCGUGGAGGUUUUGGUGGAGUACCCCUUCUUCGUCUUUGGCCAGGGGUGGUCUUCCUGCUGCCCGGACCGGACCACCCAACUUUUGGAGCUGCCUUGCACCAAGCUUUCCGUAGGCGAUGUUUGUAUUUCACUCACCCUCAAGAACCUGAGGAACGGGUCUCUGCCCAGAACUCAGCCUUCAGAGCCGUCCCCCAGUCGCGGGCACCCCAGGGCCCCUAAGCCUCUCUCCAAUGUUCCCCAGAGGUGCAGUGGAGGGGGCUCCUGGCACGGCGAGCGGGAGAAUGGCGUUGGCCAGUGGGGUGGCAGCGGCGGGAAGGAGUGUAACAGCACUGUGGAAAACGGGGAUCUGGCGUUUGGGCAAAGAGGUUCUACGUUGAUUUUGAAAGACGAGCUCGCGGAACCCGGGAAGCCUGGAUUGUCAUCCGGGGGCAGGAAGCGAAGGUGGUCGGCCCCUGAGGGACGGAAAGUUGAAAAAUCCGAGGAGCCGCCCUUGACCUUGGCCAAACCUUCUUUUAUCCCCCAUGAGGUGAAGGUCACCAUCGAGGGAAGGUCGAAUAUCGGCAAGUGACUGUGACCAGGAAAAGGUGAAAGCUCGCUUUAGUGUUUCAUGAUUUGUUUUCAUCUUAGACUAGACGACAAUACUCGACACGCUCUCACCUUCGACCUAGUUUUUAUGGAUGAAAACAACCUGUGCUUUUGGCGAAGGCUUUCCACAAGACUUCGCGGAAGGAUGGGUGAGGAGCACUAGCUUCAGCGAGGCCGUUAGCUGACGGUGUUCUGCGCACGCGUGAGAGGGAACAACGCUUCUUCUUCGUUAGCUUAGCAUUUCAGCAUUCUGCUCAAUAUCAAACGCCCAUUUUGAAAUGAUUGUCAGAGAAAUAUGAAUCAGGGGUCAUAAAGUGGAACUGUGACAUGUCAUUUUCUAUCCAAACAUGACUUUUUACAAACACACUGGGUUGGCCGACGUUCCUCCUCGUAUUUGGUGAGAAAUAUGUUCCGUUCUAUUUUUGUAACUUGAGAGCGUCGUGGUUGUUUUUAACGCAGUACUGUAUGUUUGUUGGCGUUUUUAAGACGUGGGGGGAGGGGGAGGGGGGGGUGACUAACAAGUAGCAGCAGCAGCACUUUGGAAAAGCGAUGGCGGGGUCAAGUUGUUUUUGUAAUUUACUUUUUUUUUUCGGUGCCGUAGAUGUGCCUCAAAAGAAAUUGGACGAAGAGCUCGCGCCGCACGAGUUUUGAAGGGUGUCUUUGUCUUUUCUGUGUGCUAGAUUGUGCGAGACGCUGGCUUAUGUCCGUCCACACACACACACAUGCACGCACGCACACACACACACACACACACACACACACACACACACACACACACACACACACACACACACACACACACACACAAACAAACAACAAUCCAGGCCAUCCCCGUAAUUUGAUUGUUGUACUGUAUCGGUGGCGAUUUGGGUGCAUAUCGUACCCAGCGGACUGCUUUUUGGCCGUAUGCACACUCGUAGUUAACAGUACCAGUUGCACAUGUGGCGUGUUCGUGUAUGAGUUUAUGUAUACUGUGUAUAGACAAGUAAUACACUUCAUAGCUAGAGAAAUAUAUGAAUAGACAAUGUUCAUGUCCAGUGUUUCCGCUUGAAAUCUUUAAAGAGAAUCUUGCAGUUUGCACAUCAGGUGGGAGAGAGUCGUCUGUUUUUUUUUUUUUUUUUUUUUUUUUUGGCGGGUGGACCCCUGAUCAUUUAUGAUGAGCUCGAGGCCACCCGCAAAAAAAGAAACACUGGAGAAUCCCCGAUAUUUCUUAGUUAAACACACAAAGUGUGCAAUGUGCCUGCCUACUGAGCUCCAGUCAACAUUUGGCGUCCCCACAGGGGGUUCAAACUGGGGCUGUUGCACAAAGAUGUAGCCGUUAUUAGACACACGUUACGUACGCUCUCUCAGGGCCAGGAGGUGCACUAUCUGGGGAAAACAUGGGGGCCAACGCACAGGGGAUAUUUUUAGGAAGGACCCCCAUGGGUCCCCCAAGGAGCAACGUAAGGCAGGGGUGUAUUUUUCCACUGAGGGCCACAUAAAAAAAAAAAAAGACGCAAAGCAAUCCAAUUUAGAUAAAAUUUGCUGUGCUAGCUGAACAACACAUCAACAUGUUAGCAUCGUGUCGUUAUUGACCAAAGAAAUCUGUGUAAUGUCUUGUGAAUAAUAAUUUACUGUAAAAAAGUCAAGCUGCUGUCAUGUCUUUUGAUCAUGUCUUGUUUGGCUAUGUUCUGUUAACCUUUAGACUCUUUAAGUUCCUGUUUUUUUAGAAUAGAAUAGAAAGUACUUUAUUGAUCCCUGGGGGAAAUUCAGCACCACAGUUCGCUCACAAUAAACAAUAAUAAUAAUAAAUAAAUAAUAUAUGACAUAUAUUAUAUGUAUAAUAUAUAAUAUAUGAAUAAUAUGCAUAUAUUCUACAUAUAUUCUACAUUUAAGUGCAGUCAAGAAGGAACAUAUGCAUUAUACAGUCUGAUGGCUGUCGGUAUGAAGGACCUACUGUGUCGUUCCGUGUUGCAUUUUGGGAGCCUGAGCCUUCCACUGAACGUGCUCAUUCUCUCCGCAAGGUCCGAGUGUAGUGGGUGGGAGGUGUUGUCCAUAAUGGCUAGGGCUUUCACUCCCCUGUUUUGUUGCCAUGGUUGCAAAUUACGUUCACCUGUCUCUGAUUAGUGUUCGGCCGCUCACCUGCUACUCGAGCACUAAUCAGAGGCAUUAUUUAAGCCUGCCAUUGCCGGUCAGUCCGUUGGCGUCAUUCUGUCAUAUUGAGUAGGGUGACAGCUUGCUGCGGGGUUGUUCUCCCAGGAAAGCAGACGGACUAUUUGGGACGUGGCGUGCAGGUAUAAACAUGAUUUAAUUUGAACUAAAAAAGGUACAAACAAAAAGCGCUCACAGCAGAGGCACAACUUGGCUAAGGAAACAAAACUAAAUCUUUAACGUUAACUAGUGAUGGGUCCAGCAACACCGAGCGUCAAGCUCAUAUAGGAAAACACUGUGUUGGUGCGCAUGCUGCUUUUCGAAAGUCACGUGACCGAUCAUGUGCUGUUUCAGUCACGUGACCGAUACGCUAACUGUGUCGCAAUGACACCUGCACGUCAAACUGUGUUUAUAAGGAAGCGCAUCUGUCAACGAGAUGCUGCUGCCAACAGAAUCGCCGCACUUCUGCCGUUGGUCAUUUGUAAUUUAUCGUCGUCUGAGAUAAUUUCUGCCGUGUGGGAAUAUUUUGAUCAUAUAUCGGAAAACAAGGUAUUUGUGUUAAUUUCCUUGUCGUUUCAUCCUGUUCUCUCAAAGUUUCUACUCAAUCUGUUAGUAGGGCUGUAACGGUAUGUGUAUUUGUAUUGAACCAUUUCAGUACUGGGGUUUUUCUAAGCUAAAGUCUUAACAAGCGGCUUUGCUUCUUCUGCCUCAGCACCCAGCAUUGUCCCACCCACACAACCAUCUGGUUACAUUAAAAAGCAAUAACAGCGAUUCUCUUCGAUAGCUCAGUUGGUAGAGUGGAGGGCUGUAGUUGCUUAUGCUGAGUUCCUUAGGGCACUUGUUCAAAUCCAGCUCGUUGGAUCACUCAUUACGUUUUUACCAUGAAUUGAUUAACGUGGACACCGACUUAAACAAGUUGAAAAACUUAUUCGGGUGUUACCAUUUAGUGGUCAAUUGUACGGAAUACGUACUGUACUGUGUAAUCUACUAAUAAAAGUUUCAAUCAAUCAAUCAACAGUGCGUAUUCAGAGCGCAUGUAAAAAAAAAUGUUUUUAAAAAUCCUAGUCCACAAGUAUCUUCAUUAACAACACGUUCUCUUAGAUUUCCAUAUUAUGAUACAUGUUCAUAUUAUUUAUUGACUGUAUCUAAAAAAGAUAAAAAUAUAUUUUUUAUUUAAAUGAAGAUAUGAAAUAAUCCUAAAUGAAAUACAAUGACUUGGUUUAUAUUAUUGUAUAUAACUAUGUCAGGGGCAGGGAACCUAUGGCUCUAGAGCCAGAUGUGGUUCUUCCGAUGACUGCACCUGGCUCUCAGAUAAAUCUUAGCUGACAUUGCUUAACACAAUAAGUAAUGAAUAAUUCAGCUGGUAAUCACAGUGUCAAAAAUAAGGUUCAAAAUAUUAAACAUUCUCAUGCAUUUUCAUCCAUUCAUCCGGUUUCUACCGCACCUGUUCAAGAAGUCGCAUUAAUGGUAAGUAGUAUUUUAUUUAUUUUUGGUUAGCCUCAGAAUAACAAUGUUAUUAAAAAGAAGAAGAGACUUAUUAUACUCUAAAAAUGUUGGUCUUUCUUAAAAAUGCACGCAUAUAGUUGUAUUCAGUGUUAAAAAGAAAAUGAAAGAAAAUGAUAUCGCUCUCACGGAAAUACUUUUAAAGAUAUUUGGCUUGUAUGGCUCUCUCAGCCAAAAAGGUUCUCGACCCCUGUACUAGGUCAUACAAUCAGUGUCAGUUGAGUCGGUCCAUAGGUUGCCUGUAGGGAUUUUUAAUGUCUAAAAAAAUGUAAACUAUAUUGAUACACCAAGUAUCAAUAUAGUUUUGCAAUGUGUCGAAACGCUUCAUGACGCCUCAUCAACCCAUCACUAACGUAAACUAUGAACAUAAAACAAACAAAACAUACUGUGGCUUGAAAAGAGCAGCAUGGACUUUGGCGUAAAAACUAGCAUGGACAGAGCAUGAAAAGAACACAAUGACACCAGCCGACUGACAGGCAAUGGCAGGCUUAAAUAAUGCCUCUGAUUAGUGCUCAGGUAGCAGGUGAGCGGCCGAACACUAAUCAGAGACAGGUGAACGUAAUUUGCAACAAAACAAGGGAGCGAAAAAAAACAGGAACUUAAAGAGUCCAAAGGUCAACAGAACAUAGCCAAACAAGACAUGAUCAAAAGACAUGACAGCUGCAACCAGAAAUGACCCCCGGGCCACACUUUAAACACCCUUUACCCUUUGUAAGGGAUGACUGGGAGGGUCAGCGAAGGGUGCAGACAAGGAGGAGUGAGAGUGUAAGAGAUUACCUUAGAGCAAGGCUAUGCAACUCACAGGCCUGGGGUCCAAAUCUGAACCACUAAUGACAAGGACAAACAUUUUUGCAGCAUAUUACUAAAAACACAGGAGUGCUCCUGUUGUGUCAAGGAAUUUUGACCACUGUAAACACUUUGGCAGAUCCUCGCAUUGGUAUUUUAACUUUGACAUUACAUAGAACAUUGGGUUCCAAACGUGGGAUUUACAUACCCGAGGCGUCCCUCAGGGCACACCUUUAAUCCUCUCCUUUUUGGUAGUUACACCCCCCCCCCCACACACACACACACACACAAGUGGUGUUUCUCAAGGCUCCAUUUUAGGUCCUCUCUUUUUCAAAUUUUGGACAAUCCAACUGUGGGCCAGCGAGUUCGGUACACAAACUUGUGAGAGGCUCCCAUUUGUGUUGCAAAGAACUGUCAUGGGCCUUGUUCACACUGCAGGUCAAUUCCCAUUUUUUUCCCCCAUAUGAGACCUGUAUCGGAUUUUGUCAUGUCAGCGUGAACAGUGCAAUUCCAAAUUGUUCAUAUCUGACAAAGGCCUCUUUCAUAUGUGGAUAUAAAUGUAUAAAUAUAUGCGACGUGAACACUACUGCUUUGAAGUCACAUAAUCUGACCAGAACUUCAUCAAAAAGCGAUAAGCGUCAUAAUUAUUUGCUGAAAUAGACGGUUACAAAAUAAAUUGCUGACAACAGAGCAGAAACUUAUAGCAACUCCCGUGAAACAUCCACCACUGCUGUCUCAGACGACUCGCCCACAGACAUCAAAGCAAGUUAUGUCGGAAAACUGCAGGGGCCAAAAUACUUGACCUCUUCCUUCUUAAUCCUAUACGCACAAUAAUUUUGUUCAGAAAAUGUUGACUUUGAUCGCACAAAAUCCUUGAAAUUGCCACAAAUGCACCAACACUGAGACCGACGGGAGUGGAAGCCAUGUCUACUUUGGUAAACACUGCGGUGCGCGUGACGUCAUGUCUGUUUGCGGGUUAGAUUGCAUUCACAUUAGAAAUCACUUUUUUGUUUUGUAAUGUGAAUGACCAAGAUUGGAUUCGACAAAAAAAUCCGAAAAGGAAAUCCAACUGCAGUGUGAACGUAGCCUUAAAGAUGAUCUUUGACCAGCUUUUUUGCAGCUCCUGUCUCGCUGACAAAAUGAAAUGUCCACUGUAAAGGACGCUGGUUCUCCGGAAUAUACAAAAUAAGAAUAACAGAAAAGGGACAAGUUUGGCCCCACGGUCCUUAGCUUUCUGGAAAUGUGGCCCCCAAAACAAUUUAUUUGUAUACCCCUGCCUUAGAGCAUCCCACAGGUGUCCUGGGGACGACACACCAUGGGGCGGCUUCAAAGGUGACCCACGGGGCUGCCAGGGGUCUGAUUAAAGGAGAGAGACACCAAUGGGCGACUUAUAGUAGAUGACAACAAAGGUGCAUUAAGGGGGUUGACCUGAGGGUCCCCAUUUUUAUUGUUUUUUGGGCUUGACGAUGACAGGCGCACAGAUGGAUGCUGAGUGGAUGAUGAUGAUGAUGAUGUGCAUGGUGGAUUACCGAGACAUUUUGAAGAUGCUUUAUUUUUGUAAGAAUAAGCCAGGGUUCCACUGCAUAGGCACAGUAGUGCAUAUUUACUUUACUCCAUCAAAAAUAAUUCUGUAUGCUCGUAUGUAUUAACAACCUUCCCGGCUCCGCCCCCCCUCCCUUCAGACCACCGACCCAUUGAACAUGUCAUUAAACCAAUCAGCCUCUCGCAAACCUCUACACUUCUUCAGGUUAUAAGAAUAAAAGACACAAUGUAACUAUGGAGCCAAAGUCAAGUGAUGCUUGUGUUGCUAUGGUUACCUAAGAAAGCAAUAGGCGUGCACUUUACUUUACACACACACACACAGACUUGCACGCACACACACACACACACACACACACACACACACACACAGACUUGCACGCACACACACACACACACACACACACACACACACACAUUCUUGUAUUUGUUACCUUCUUGAGACCUCCGAAAAAUGCCUACCUCUUAAGGACCACCCUUUAUAGAUAUAUAAAGAUUUGUAUUUACAACAUUAAUAAUAUAUACAAACUAUGUAAAUAUAAAAAAGGUAAGCUUUUAUUUAAUUAGUUUUUCUUUGUAAUUGUUUUUUAACCUUCAUUAUUUACUUCAAGUUAUUACAGUAUGUCUCUAUAUAAAUGGUAAAUGGUUUAUACUAGUGUAGCGCUUUUCUACCUUCAGGGUACUCAAAAGUGCUUUGACACUACUUCCACAUUCACCCUUUCACACACACAUUCAUACACUGAUGGCGGGAGCUGCCAUGCGAGGCCCUAACCACGACCAAUCAAAAGUAAGGGUGAAGUGUCUUGCUCAAGGACACAACGGACGUGACUAGGUUGAUGGACGGUCGGGAUUGAACCAGGAACCCUCAGGUUGCUAGCACGGCCACUCCCAAACGCGCCACCCCGUCCCUAUAUACAAUUGUUGUUGUUUUUUCGGCCAAAGGGGGAACAUUUCAAAUUCGUACAAAUACUUGUUAUUUCAUAGGGUGACCAGAGGGGGAGCCCUUUUAAAAGCGACACAGUCAAUUUGAAAAAUCCCUCCUUUUUGGCACCACAUUAAUUUUGCUAGAUUUCACCACCAGGGGUGCACAUGAGACAUUCUCUAUUAAAUGCAAUGGUUUCCCAUAUUGGGACCAUGAUUUUGGUUCUAACUUGUUCACCGCUCCUCGUACGGAAGGUACUUUUCCUUGUUGAUGUCUCAAGAAGCGUAGAAAAUACAAGAACACACACACACACACACGCACACUCACACAAUCAUUCCACCGAGUAGUUGGCAAUAAACAUUUGACAGUGAUCCUCCAGCAACCAAAACCCUCACAAGACAAGACAACACUUUCUACUUUUAGCCAAUUAUAUUCAGGGAUUUUGUCCUCGUUUGUGCAGUAAGACAACCCCCAAAAACCUCCAAACCCUUCUUUUCCCCCCUGCAGGGGGCGCAACACUGCAACCCUCAAUAACCGCGAGCUACCUUUCACGCAGUGGCGUAGCGUGCAAAAAAGAAAAAAAAAAUAGCACAAAAGCUUGUUAUUGUUCACCAGGUGGAGACAUUUUGUGCCAUUCUGCUCAUUUCCAAACCAUUAUGUUUGCACUUAUUCAUCAUUAGAAAUGCUAAUCUGUUCAAUAUUUAGAUAGUCUGUUAUCGGCAAAAAAAACAUUUUUUAUUCCUCUUGUCGAAGCAUUUAAUGGCGUUAUCUUGGUUGUGUAUGCAAAUGAAGCAGUGGACCAAUAAGAAGCCACGUGGGCAGCAAAAGGCCACUUCACACACCUCUGCACUAAUGUAGGCUCACACUCGCCAAUGUUGGACAAGCUGCGCUACGCCACUGAUUGCGACACACAAUUGUCAUUGCUUUUAACGCAGAAGGCGGUCGACUGUUUCCGAGGGAAGGAAAGUAAACUUUUUUUUUUUUAAUUUUAAACCCCUUCAGUAAAUGUUUGGUAACGUGCAAUAGUUUUCCUCACUGUGCCAAGUCCAUGUAGCAGAAACCCCUUUUUCUUUAUUUUGCUUCUAUUCCUGUCUUUGUCCUUGGCGGCCUUCCUUUGUGUGUGUGUGUGUGUGUGUGUGUGUGUGUGUGUGUGUGUGAUAGAUUCCUAUGAUGAUGAUGAUGUGCGUGAAUGGACAAACCUUGUUAAGGUUCAUAAUGACCUCAUUGCCAAGUGGGGACCACUUUUUUUGUUUUGUUUGGAAGAAAAAAACCAAGAAAAAAGUACCGUAUUUUUCAGACUAUAAGUCAACAUAUACUCCGGAGCGAUAAUGUGUGAAAUUAACACAUUAUCGUGAAAUAUCAAAUAAUAUUAUUUAUCUCCUUCGCGGAAGAGACCGAGAAAAUGUCAGCAAUCGUCACACACACGUCAACCAAUAAGAAUUCGGCGGGGGAGGAUCAAGGCAGAAGUGCAUUGUGGGUCAUGGAAUGCUAACUGCCAUAUGCUACUGCCGUAGCUAUUAAAAUGGAUCAUUUCAUCGUUGGCGGUAACUAACAAAAACUGAGAAGGGCUGAACAAAAAUGGCACCGAAAAGGAAAUCAUGUACUGCAGAUUACAAGCUGGACGUAGUGAAAUAUGCAGCAGAAAACGACAAGAGGAAGCGCCACAUACCUUUGGAGUUGGCAGAGUUGUUUAGAAGCGACAUCGAGGAAGAAGAUUUCAUUGGAUUUAUCGAUUAGGAGUGACAGAUUGUUUGGUAAACGUAUAGCAUGUUCUAUACGUUAUAGUUAUUCUAAUGACUCUUACCAUAUAGAUAAAGUACACUUAUUCAGCCUGUUGUUCACAAUUCUUUAUUUAUUUUAAAGGCCUACUGAAAUGAGAUUUUCUUAUUUAAACGGGGAUAGCAGGUCCAUUCUAUGUGUCAUACUUGAUCAUUUCGCAAUAUUGCCAUAUUUUUGCUGAAAGGAUUUAGUAGAGAACAUCCACAAUAAAGUUCGCAACUUUCGGUCCUAAGAGAAAAGUCCUGCCUCUACCAGAAGUCGCGGACGAUGACGUCACAAGUAUGGGGGCUCCUCACAUGUUCACAUUGUUUUUAAUGGGAGCCUCCAACAAAAAGUGCUAUUCAGACCGAGAAAACGACAAUUUCCCCAUUAACUUGAGCGAGGAUGAAAGAUUUGUCUUUAAGGAUAUUGAUAGCGACGGACUAGAAGAAAAAAAAAAACGCGAUUGCAUUGGGAUGGAUUCCGAUGUUUUUAGAGACAUUUAUUAGGAUAAUUCUGGGAAAUCCCUUAUCUUUCUAUUGUGUUGCUUGUGUUUUAGUGAGUUUAAUAGUACCUGAUAGUCGGAGGGGUGUGUCCACAGCUGUCUUGACGCGCAGUGUCUCAGGGGAGUCGACGGCAGCUAUGGACGGCACAAGCGACUUUUUACCCACAAUUUUCUCACCGAAAACUGCAGGUUGACAUUUGGACGGGAUCCAUGUUCGCUUGACCGCUCUGAUCCAUAGGAAAGUUUCACCUCCAGGAAUUUUAAACAAGGAAUCACCGUGUGUUUGUGUGGCUAAAGGCUAAAGCUUCCCAACUCCAUCUUUCUACUGUAACUUCUCCAAUAUUAAUUGAACAAAUUGCAAAAGAUUCAGCAACACAGAUCUCCAAAAUACUGUGUAAUUAUGCGGUUAAAGCAGACGACUUUUAGCUGUGUGUGUGCGCAGCGCUCAUACUUCCUAAAAACCCUUGCGUACACGUCAUCAUUACACGGCGUUUUCAAGACGUAACUCCCAGGAAAUUUAAAAUUGUAAUUUAGUAAACUAAAAAGGCCGUAUUGGCAUGUGUUGCAGUGUUAAUAUUUCAUCAUUGAUAUAUAAACUAUCAGACUGCGUGGUGGGUAGUAGUGGGUUUCAGUAGGCCUUUAAAUUGCCUUUCAAAUUUCUAUUCUGGGUGUUGGAUUUUAUCAAAUAAAUUUCCCCCAAAAAUGCAACUUAUACUCCAGUGCGACGUAUAUAUCUUUUUUUCCUUCUUUAUUGUGCAUUUUCGGCCGGUGCGACGUAUACUCCGGAGCGAUUUAUAAUCCGAAAAAUACGGUGGAUGCACAUGUGAGCUUUUUAAAGACGUUUCAGCACUUUUCCAAUCGGAGCUGGUGGAGGAUUGCCACAAGGGGGGCGAUAAAUCAUGAGGUGGUGUUGUUUUUUUGUUUUUUUUUCGGGUCCAACGGGGCCGAGGUGUCAUGGUCGUCUCACGCAUCCCUUUUGUAGAGCUCGCUGUGUCAUCUUCUCACGUUUGUUUUUUUGUCUCUUGCACAAUUGAAAAAGAAAAAUGAAUGUGUGGAGCUUUUUGACGUUUUGGAUGACGAAAACAAGAAAAGAGAAAAACAAGCAUGUGUGCUUCUAAGGUGCUUUCACACUUGGGCGUGUUUGCUUUGACUGGGUGCCUUUGCGGUUGGAUCAGGCACUUGUCAACGCAUUAGUCUGGGGGAAAAAACUAAACAAAAAAGAACGCUUAAUGUUAAGUCCAGGUCCGCUUGAAAGUGAACUUUGGUGCAGUUUGGUGCACUUGAAUGCGACACAAACGUAAACAAUGACGAAAAAUUAGGAUUUUUGCAUGAAAUGACAAAUAUGUCAGAGAGAUCGCGUUUAGAAAUGCCGUCAGUGCUCUUUAAAUAUCUUCUUUUUUUUUUUUUUGUGAAAUCUAAGCCGUUAAGAAAUUGUAGAAAAAAAAUGAAAUAUAUUUGACUCAGCAGAAAGCUUUUUCUUUUGUAGUAUUUGAGAGUAUGUACUUUUUUAAACUAUAUUUUAGAAGCUUUCUGUGAAAUCCAAGUUGGUAAAAAAAAAUUGAAGAAUGGGGAAAAAAAAGUAAAUAUAUUCAACUCAGCAGAAACCAUUUUCUUUUGGAAUAUUUGAGUUUCUUUCAAAAACCUUUCUUUAAAUGUAUAUUUUAGAUGCUUUUGGUAAAAAGCCAAGCUGUUAAAAAAUUGCAGAAAAAUAAUUAAAUAUAUUUGACUCAGCACAAAGCUUUUUAUUUUGUAGUGUUUGAGCCACAAAACUUACUCUUUAAAAUUAUAUUAUAGUAGCCUUUUAGUGAAAUCCAAGCUGGUAAAAAAAAAAAUAGAAGAAUGUGAAAAUAAGGGAAGCUACUCAACCCAGCAGGAAGCAUUUUUGCAUGUGGAAUAUAAGAGCUACAUUAUACCAUGAAAGAUGCUCUUUAAAAGUAUUUUUUAGAAGGUUUUGGCGAAAUCUAUAAAAAAUGACAUUAAAAACUCACUCAGCAGAAGUUAUUUUCCUUUGGAAAACUCCAAUUUGUCCGAAAAGUUGCUCUUUAAAAGUAUCGUUUAGAAGCUUUUGGUGAACUCUAGGCUAGUAAAAAAAAACAAAAAAACAACAGCAACAAUAUAAUAACAGCCUGCAUGUUCAAUUCAACACUAAAACUUUUUUUUUUUUUUAAUAUUAAAGUUACUUAAAAAAAACAUAUGUUUAAAAGUAUAUUUUAAAAUCUUUUGAUGAAAUCCAAGCUGGUUAAAAAAAUAUAAGAAUGUGAAAAUAAGGAAAGAUAUUCAAUCCAUUAGGAAGUAUUUUUUGCAUUUGGAAUAUGAGAGCUACAGUAUAGCAUGAAAGAUGCUCUUUAAAAGUCUAUUUUAGAAGGUUUUUGGUGAAAUCUAAGAAGUUAAAAGUAGAAAAACGCACCCAGCAGAAAGUAUUUAGAAAAUAAAAAAACAUUUAAUUAAGAUUCAUUUGUCAGAAAAAUUGCUCUUUAAAAGAAUCGUUUAGAAGCUUUUGGUCAACUCUAGGCUGGUAAAUAAAAUAAAAUAAAACAAUAGCAGACCAUGAAUAAAGACUGCAUAUUUAGCCCAACAGAAAACUUUUUCUUUGGAAUAUUUGAGUUACUUAACAAAAACUUAUCUUCAAAAGUAUAUUUAGGCAGCUUUUGGUGAAAUCUGAGAAGGUAAAAAUACCAGAAUAUAAAAAUAGUAUAUAAACUCACACAGCAGAAAGCAUUUUAUUGUAGAAUAUUUGUUUGUCAGAAAAGUUGCUCUUUUAAAGUAUGGUUUAGAAGCUUUUGGUGAACUCUAGGCUGAAAAGAAAGGUAGAAUUUGAAAACUUCCUCCAUAUUUCACCCGGCAGAAAGCAUUUUCUUUUGGAAUAUUUGAGUUUCUUUCAAAAAAUUCUCUUUAAAGGUAUAUUUUAAAAGCUUUUGGUGAAAUCCAAGCUGUUGAAAAAUUGUACAAAAAUAAUUAAAUGUAUUUGACUCAGCAGAAAAGCUUUUUCUUUUGUAGUAUUUGAGCUGCAUCACAAAAUGUACUUUUUAAAAGUAUAUUUUAGUAGCCUUUUAGUGAAAUCCAAGCUGGUAAAAAAAAUAGAAGAAUGUGAAAAUAUGAAAGAUAUUCAACCCAGCUGGAAGUAUUUUUUGCAUUUGGAAUAUAAGAGCUGCAGUAUACCAUGACAGAUGCUCUUUGAAAGUCUAUUUUAGUCUUAAGAUUUUGGUGAAAUCUAAGAAGGCAAAAGUACCAGAGUAUAAAAAAUGACAUUAAAAGUAAGUAUAUUCCUUUAGAAAACUUUCAUUCGUCAGAAAGGUUGCUUGUUAAAAGUAUCAUUUGGAAGCUUUUGGUGAACUCUAUGCUGGUAAAAAAAAAAAAAAAAAAGCAACCUGCUUAUUUAACCCAACAGUUUUCUUAGGAAUAUUUUGAGUUAUUUAACAAAAACGUAUCUUUAAAAGUUUGGGUGAAAUCUGAGAAGGUAAAAAUGCCAAAAUAUAAAACUAACAUAUAAACUCACCCAGCAGAAAGCAUUUUAUUGAAGAAUAUUUGUGUUUGUCAGAAAAGUUGCUCUUUGAAAGUAUGGAUUAGAAGCUUUUGGUUAAGUUAAAGUUACCAAUUAUUGUCACACACACACACUAGGUGUGGCGAAAUUAUUCUCUGCAUUUGACCCAUCACCCUUGUUCACCCCCUGGGAGGUGAGGGGAGCAGUGGGCAGCAGCGGUGCCGCGCCCGGGAACCAUUUUUGGUUAUUUAACCCCCAAUUCCAACCCUUAAUGCUGAGUGCCAAGCAGGGAGGUAAUGGGUCCCAUUUUUAUAGUCUUUGGUAUGACUCAGCCGGGGUUUGAACUCACAACCUUCCGAUCUCAGGGCAGACACUCUAACCAAAAGGCCACCAUUUAACUCGACAGAAGGCAUUUUCUUCUGGAAUAUUUGAGUUUCUUUCAAAAACUUCUCUUUAAAAGUAUAUCUUACAAGCUUUUGGGGAAUUCUAAGAUCGUAUAAAUAGCACAAUAUUAAAAAAAAACUAACCCAGCAGAAAAAAUUCUCCCUUGAGAUAUUUGGGUUGAUUUUCAAAGUGUAUUUUGGAAGCUUUUGUUUAAAUCGAAGCUGGUGCAAAUAGCAAACUAUAAAAGUAACCAACAUAUUCAAGCCAGGACACAGCAUUUCGCUUUGAAACAUUUGUUACUUCACAAAAACCUCUCUUGAAAAGUAUAUUUUAGAAGCUCUUGGUGAAAUAGCAGAAUAUAUAGAAAAUUACACUUGCUACCAAAUUUUGCUUUGGAGUAUUUUAGUUACGUCACUAAAAGUAUUUUAGGAGCUUUUGGUGAAAUGUAAGCGGGUAAAUGAUAAUAAUAGCUGAAUAUAAAAACAACCCAGCAGAAGUUAUUUUGCUUUUAAGGAUUUGAGUGGUGUCAUUAAGUCAAGUCGCAAAAGCUGAAGUCUGGACUUCUUUCCUGUGCAAUAUUUGCUGACAUGACAAAUCUCCAAGCGUGAACACUAAGCAAACUGCACCUAAGUCCCAAGUUUGUUUUAUGCGGUCUGGACCAGGGUAGCGAACCACAAGUGUGAACACAACCUUUUAUUCAUGUGUUCAUUUCAAACAAAGCAGGAGAUGAACACCUUCUUUAAUCACAUAGUUUUUGUGUCCAUAGCGCUGGAUAACCAACUCAGGCAGAAAGGAAAAAAAAACAAAAAAACGUGUACAGACCCACUUGAAAGUUUUGUUAACUCCUAUCACUUUACAACGUGGGCUGUUUGGGUUCUAAGAUGUAAACAUUUAGCACACAUAAUUUAAGAUGAUUAACAAUCAUUGACAAUUAACUAGUAAUUAUUGUGAUAUUAUAAUGUGUACUAUGCUGGAGAUGGCUGGGAGGUUUUCUUUGUUGGUUUCUUUGGCCCCUUGCUUACUGCCACUUGUUUCCGAAAACUCUGGACCCCCCCGGACUGAGCAGGAAGUGAAAGAAGUGGGGGGCCCUUUGCUCGCCAAGGAACAGAACUUUGUGGCGGCAGAGGACAGCGUGGCCUGCAGGGGGCGCAGGAGUUCCCAGCCAACUUUGUUUGUAGUAUAUUGUCGUUACCAUCUCUCACAGACCACCACCCAGACCCCACCUUCUAUAGCCAUGGAGAAAUCUUGUCGGUGUGAACGUAUUUUUGACAUCUGUACAAAUGCACCUCUUUGGAGAAACAAAAUGAAAUCUUGACAUAUCGGGAAGAAA